AUAUCCGGUCUUUUCCUUUCUCUUUUUCGGUUUCCAACUUUUUACCAAUCUUCGGUCGCGCACUCUAAACAACAUACAUGAAAAAGAAAAGAGUUGUAUUCAGUUUUCACUGUCGAUAAUUAUUGUACUGCAAAAUCAAAUUAAAUAAAUGUUAUUCUGUUUUUCAUCGAGCAAGUAAUAUACCAGCGAGAUAUCGGGAUCGUUUCACGAGAAGAGCAGUGAUGUAAAACGACGAUACGACGGAUCAGCCAUUCAAUUAUAAUUUGUACAUCGAUCAUUCGUAUCGAUUACUUUCCUAUUUUUAAAAAAAAUUUUUUUUGUCAAGUUCAUAAGUUUUCUAUCGCGUAUAGAUUAAACAAAACUAUUUGUACUCUCAUGAAAUGGCAAACUUGAGAGAAACGAAAAAUCUCACAAAGUCCAUAAAAGUUCUGUAUCUUUUAUUCUCAGAUAUGCACAUUUGUUUCUCUUUUUUUCCUUUUUGUUUGUUUUUUCAAUCAUAUUAGCUAUAUACUAGCUAUCCGUAAAUAUUGUCUUUUGUCGCUAACGCUUUUUUGUUUUACUAAAUCCUUUGACCACUGUUUUCUAACAUUCAUUCAAUUACUCAUUUAUGUACCUUGUCGUCAGGUGAAUUUUGAAUAAAAAAAAGCGAAAACCGUGCAAAUUAUUUUAUCCACCGUUGAAAAAANAAAAAAAAAAAAAAAAAGAAAAAAAGGGAAGGAAAAGUUGAAGCAUGGAUAUGAACAACGACGCCCGUUUCACGAGAGGAUUAAAAUAAAUAUUUUUCUAGUUUUUUUGUCUGCACGCUGCAUUGCACGAUGUGGAAGAAGUGGACGUAAUAAAACAGAGAGAUGCAGUAUAAUGAGUUAAAAGGUACAUAGCUAAAUAUUUGCGAGAGACAUGGUGGGACGUAAAGUGUGCUUGUAAAGGAAAAAGCAAGUAUAUAUGGGAAAGGAGAUUACAAGAGAAAGGGAAAUAGAGAAAGGAAACGAGAAGGAAGAAAAGGGAAGUGAGAGAGGGCAAGAGGAAAAGCGAAGAAGAAAGAGGGUGUAGAGAGUUUGCGCGACGUUCGACCCGAAUCUCUCAUCGGACGUUAAGCCAGCCAGCCAGCCAGCCAGCCAGCCAGCCAGCCAGCCAGCCAGCCAGCCAGCUAGCUAUCCAGUCAUCUAGCUAUCUAUCCAGUCAGCCAGCCAGUCAGUCAGCCAGUCAGCCAGGAAGCCAACCAGCCCUUCGUACAGUCAACAUUCUGAAGUUUUGAGUCAACUACUGAUGGGAGCCCGAUAUCACAAUUGGUAGUAGAUGUGCCUCAUUAUUGUGACAAAUAUAACGUUCGACCUCGUUCUGAAGAUACCUCAACUAAAUAUUGCGAUAUAAAAGGGGGCAAGCGAUGCUAGGAAGCGAAAGCCUGAAAUUAGAUUGACAGUAUAAGGAGAUCGUGGAACGGUGUGCAUAACUUGGAAUGCUUAUACCGGUGGUGUCGGGCACUUGGGGCUGGGGAUUCUUCGCUCUUUUCUUGUUCGUCUUUGCCACCCCCAGUCCAGCUGCUAUCCGCAGAGCGGAUCGAGACCAUUGCAACAAGACGGUGGAUUUAUACGAAGAUGUAUCGAGUCCAGCUGUGACUUCCGCAAAUUGGGGAAAGCCAUUAUCCUGCUGGUAUCGUUUCCGAUCGUUUCGCGGAACACCGCGAGAUUGGAUCCUGCGAGUUCGUUUCAAGAAAUUUAAGGUUGGCGUAUUAGAAAAUGCUACCACCUGUUCCGGAGGUUAUUUGCAGAUCGUCGACGGAAACACGAAAACAGAAGUGAGCAAUCGGAAAGAUCCAGGGGUUUAUUGCGGCGAGUCGGAGCAACCGCAAACAUUUAUUUCCGAGACGAGUUUCGUCCGUGUGAUAUUCCACGCGGAUAACUUCACCGAUCAAACAUACUUCAGUUUCGACUCGCGCGCCGAGCAACAGUUCGAGGUAUAUUUAAGAUACGGCCAACACCCGGAACUCUAUCCAAAUCGAAGGGGCGAGAUUGUACCCGGUAGCUAUUGCGAACGAGUCUUCAAGGAUUGCAGGCUACAAACGUGUUACGUGCAGAGCCCCGCUUACCCGGGCAUUUAUCCGCGUGCGUUACACUGCAAAUACCGACUGAACACACGGCUGCCUUUUAUAAAGCUGUACAUCGAGAACGAGGAGUUCAAUAUCGACGGGCAAAGAUGCGAGAACAUAAUGACCUGCCCAAUGAGGCCGAUAAGCUCUGGCACGGAGCAUUGCCCGUACGACUACAUACGCGUUUACGACGGCAAAGAUGAGAGCAGCCCGGCGAUCGGCACAUUCUGCGGCAUGGGAAAAUUCCCGUACAGCAUCAUCGGCACCAGCGAGGAUCUCUACGUGGAGUUCGUCUCGUCGCCGGCGGGGCCACUCUUAAACACCGGUUUUCAUUUUAACGUUGGCAACUGGCCAGGUCACGUAGAAACAGCCGGCGUUCGAAACGGUAGCUGCGACUGGCUGUUGAACAGCGAAUCGUUGCACAGCGGCAACGAAGGGAUAUUCCUGUCGGUCGCCCAUUGGUAUCCACCGUAUACCAGUUGCACCUAUCUUCUGAAAGGACGACCGGGCGAAAUCGCCAGGCUCUAUUUCCCGAGUUUUCGCGUUAAUCGCAUCGAGUCGCCGAUACAACCGUACGACGGCGACUGCGGCGAGAGUUUAACGCUGUACGACGCUGACUGGCCGGACGACGCGAAGAUCAUCAAAACGUUCUGCGACACGUUCAGCAAGCCGAUGGAGAAGCACGAUUUCGUUUCCAGCUCGAACGCUUUGUUCGUGAAAUUCGAGAGCAAGACGGGUAGUUACUCCGGUAGCUCGUUGUAUUAUUGGGCGCAUUACGACUUCUUCAACGCGACGAGGUUCGGCGUGCCUGUGCCUGGAACCGAGUGCGACGAAACGUUCGCCUCGUGGAAAGAACGCUCCGGUAAAUUCCGAUCGCCGUUGAAUACUCUUGUUUACAAGCGGCCGGGCGAUCCACCGGCUGAUCUUUCAUGCACGUACACCUUCAUCACGGACAAACGAUUGUACGCACGAGUGAUUCUCGUUGUGGAGUCGGUCUCUUUCAAGGAGCACCCGUACGCGCAGUGCGGCCAUUGUUGGGAUAGUCGAGUGGAUCGAUUGAUCGUCAGAGAACCACCUGUCGCCGACGUUAAUAACGACCAGUAUUCGCAACAGCAGCAGCAACAUCAACCGUAUCAGCAACAGCAACACCAAUACCAACACCAACACCAACACCAACACCAACACCAGCAGCAGCAGCAGCAGCAGCAAUCGCGUCAACAACAAAACAGCAGCAUCGGCAGGGGCCAUUGUAUCUGUCGAUCGACGGUAGUGAAUGGACCGAACAGCGAUAGGCAACCGGUGCUUCGCGUGAUCUCGCGAGGUGAGAGACUCGAGUUGAAGCUUCUGGUGGAUGGCGCACACGCCGCGGCGAGCUAUUUCAAACAAUCGGCACCGUUGUUCGAGGCAAGGUACGAGUUCGCUCACAGUCCAUUGUGCGGGCCAGCGAUUCUGCCAGCGACGACCGACGGCGAGAUCGAAUUCCCUCACUACGAGGCACUCGGAUACGUAGCACCGCCCCGAUCGAUCAAAUGCAUCUGGGAAUUACGAGUGAACCGGGACAGGGACGUUUGGCUGCAUUUCGACAAGAUCAAGUUCGCCUCGAGAUCAUGCGAGGACGGCAAGUUGGAGAUCUUUUUGCCUGGCACUGCCGAGCCGUUUCUCAGCAUAUGCGGCGAGAACGUCAGUUACGUGCGCGAAAUGCCGAUCAUAUCGGCGGCGCAGAUCGCUCCGAAUGUUCGUACGACCGGCGACCACGACACGCCCGGACACUUUAACGUAGAUCCUCUGCAGACGCAUUUGCAGCAGCCGGUAUCGCCGCCGACGUCGCAAUCGUCACAGCCAACCGAUCAACAGCAAGAGGAGUACGAAUGGCCGACCGUGAUCGUUCAGUUCACCGGCACGAUGGCUCCAGCGAGAGCCGCGUUUAAAAUCGCCUGGACCGAGUUGUAUCAUCUACCACGCGACGCUUCCGGCGUUCUGAACACGCAGAAGCUCGAGGAGUAUUGCGGAUUUCAAUGCCCGGGCGAUGCCGGUUGCAUCCCCGCGAGGCUCGUGUGCAACGGUGUCGUUAACUGCCCGAUGCCAGAGCCUCGAUCGAUCUUCAAGAGUACGCACAACGGUACCGGUUUCCUGGGAACGAUCGAGGAACCGAACGACGAGUCUAUCGAAACCUGCGGGACUGACGUUGUCGGUGAACGCGGCAACAUCGCCGGAUCCGGAAACGGUGUCGGGGGAUUGGCCAGCGUCGUUGGCUCCGCCGGAUGGGCCGGAGCUGGCCUAGGCGCUGCCCUUGCCAUUCUCCUCGGUCUCAUCUGUUUGAUCACCGUUUGCAAAAUUUGCAGGCAACGAGCCACAUCCAGGGACAUUCACGUACCCUAUUGACACCGGCGCGAACACGGACAAUUACGCAAAUGCAAUGUAAAACGCGACCGCGAACAGGCGAGUACAGACGCGCGAUUCCCUCUUCUCGUUCUCGUUUCGUUUCCCACGUUAUUAGGUUAAUUGCAUUCUCUACGAUUUCCCGAUGCGAACGCGACUGCCUGGAGAUUGAAGGACAACGUUACGUUCGCACGCCCGUUACGUUGCAAGCCGUAAACUUGUAAAAGGAAUUUUAUCGCUCCACUCGUUUUAUUCACGCCAGUGAACAAGAAGCAAGGAACAGCGGCAAAUUAGGUGGAUGACUGAUUAAAUAGGUAAAUAAGAUAGGCAAAUAUUUUAGGUGUAUACACGCAUCUACAUACCUGUGUAAUAAUACAUGUAUCCGUGCACGCGCUCGCGUCAACGCGCGUACGCGCAGAGUGAAUCGUACAACUAAGCUGCGGAUUUUUAUGCAAGAUUUACGGGAGAUUUAAGGGGAUAAGCGUACAUAGAGAAUGCACGUAAGAUGCAAAAAUAUAUAAAACACACGGUAUUUGUUGUACUAUGAUAUUUAGUAGACGAAAGAAAUCUUUGCUCAUCUUUCACUUCUUUAGCUGUAUUCGUAAAAAUGUAAAUCUGCACGAAUAUCCGUCAGCCUGUAGAGGUGUACGAGCGAAUAUUUUUCAAAUCAUUCGAAUCGAGAAGGAUUUGUUAAUUAAUUUCGAAUACUUACUAUUGCAAUGCUUUGACAGAUAUUUGCUCGUUGCAAACGUGUGUGAUUUAUUCUGCUUGCAUGGCUGGCGUGCGCGUGUGCUCAUACAUAGUGAGCAAGGGAGGAAGGGAGGUGGAGAGGGAGAAGAACAGAAGAGAAUAAUUUCAAUCACGAGAUGAAUUUUGUUUUUUCUGACGUGUUGAAUAAGUGAAUAAUUGAAGGAAGUAUUGAGAAUGAAGGUCUCGUAAUAAAAACGAUCAUUGUCGCUUUUAGAUAAGAAUUAAGCAUUUAAUUAAUCAGAAGCUACAAUACAUUCGCAAUAUUUUAUCAAAAUGUACAAAUGAUUGAUGAGUUAAUAAUUAGAGGUAAUAACGAGAUAAUACUUACUAGCAUAAGAACAUUAGGUUGUAAUUUUUUUAUGAGAUCCACAACGUCACGGAUCUAGAUCUAGAUUUCUCACUUAUAGAAAUUGCGUAGUACGACGAGUGUUUUGUUUAAGAAAGAUUGAAAUAACUAUAUCGGGCUGGUAAAUUAAAAAUACAGGAAAAGGAAAAAGAGAGACAAGAGUCGUUUUUCUUAUAAGCCUUUCAAGUGAAACAUAAAUUUUUUUGCAGUCAUACAUAAUUACAUAAUUACGUGAUACACUGAUGUACACGUAAGUAGGCUCAAACUGUUUAAUUCGUGUUCAGUUCAUUAUAUUCUUGUAAUUUUUGCACAAUGUACUCGCGUUAUACAUAUUAAUAAGAGUGCCUGCGAAUGUUUGCACGUGUGCGUUACAAGUCUGUUGAAAAUGACACGCACGCGUGUUAUUCCUCGAGGAUAUGCCGAAAAAAAGGAGAAAAAAAAAGGAAAAAGAAAAAUUGUAUAUAUCUUAUGAGGAUAGAAAGUUUUUAG